UACAAAGGAAAUAAAAAUGUAAAAUCCUCAAUGUUCAAUGUGAAAAGGACUAGCCUAUAGUAUGCCGAAGAACAAAGAAGUCAAAGAAAACCGAAAGCAUUCGGCAGGAACAAAAGAAAAAAAGCCCAAAAGUAUAGCUACCAGUACCAGCUAGGUAGAAAAAAAUAGGAAGAGUGGGAGGGCUGGGCUUGGCCGUUUGGGUGGGGUUUCACGUACUCUUCAAGCCCCUAUCGGCGAUAUAUAUGUAUGUAGCCCUAACAUUUUUUGUGCAAGGGAAAAAGAGAGAGAGAGAGAGAGAGAGAGAGAGAGAGAAAAUGAUGGAGAGAAAGUCAUUGGCUUUCAUGGUGUUAGUGAUGGUAGGAGUUGCAGGCAUGUGGGAGGUUAAGAUGGCUGGUGCACAACUAAGUGAUGCGGAGUGCAAGGAGGAAAGGACUUUGGCGAUUAAUGCUUGCAAGCCGGUGGUCUAUGGUAAGCUUCCGAGUCCAGAGUGCUGCCAGCGGGUAAGGGUUACCCAUCUCGAAUGCGUUUGCCCCGUCAUCACGCCCAAGCUGGCUGCCCUUAUCGAUCUCAACCGUGCUAUCCGCCUCAUUGAAGGCUGCGGCAGGAAGGUCCCUCGCCAAUACAAAUGUGGAAGUCUCACAACUCCAUGAAUUGCCGCUGCUUGAAGGAGUCAUCAGCUGCUUUAUAAAAUAGAAAUAAUUAAACAAAGUGGAUUUUGCAGCAAUGUAUAAUUAACUACUUGCAUUGGCUUGAUAUAUGUAUGAUAGCAUAUGAAAGUUAAGCAAAAGAGGAUCGGGAUCAUGAAAUUGAUCCCUUAAUAAAGUUUAUGAGUUUUUUUAAUUCUGAUAUGAUUUUUCUAAUUAAAUUAUACUUGAAUAUUACUUCCGACAGAAAUUAAACCAAUGAGAAACUUGAUAGUUGAUAUAAGCACCGACAAGGGGAAAAUACUUGAUUAAUGACUCACAAGUCACAAUAAACCAAUGAUAUAUUAUUCUUGAAUUGUUGCAUCUAUCAUCUGGUCAACAUCAUCAUGUGGCAUU